UUGUCAAAUGCUUUGACAGCGCACCAACUUCCUUUCCUUUUUUACGUAUCGUACGAGAUGGCUCGUGGACCUAAGAAACAUUUGAAGCGCUUAGCGGCACCCAAGGCAUGGAUGUUGGACAAAUUGGGAGGCGCCUUCGCCCCCCGUCCCUCGACCGGUCCACAUAAGCUGCGCGAAUCGCUGCCGCUGUUGAUCUUCCUGAGAAAUCGCCUCAAGUACGCUUUGAAUGGCGCCGAGGUGACCAAAAUUGUCAUGCAGCGUCUCAUCAAGGUCGACGGCAAGGUGCGCACCGAUCCCACCUAUCCAGCGGGAUUCAUGGAUGUCAUCACCAUUGAGAAGACGGGUGAAUUCUUCCGCCUGGUCUAUGAUGUCAAGGGUCGUUUCACCAUUCAUCGCAUUUCCGCUGAGGAGGCAAAGUACAAGCUGUGCAAGGUGCGCAAGACACAAUUGGGUGCCAAGGGUGUUCCUUUUCUGGUUACGCAUGACGGACGCACCAUCCGCUAUCCCGAUCCGCUGGUGCACGCCAACGAUACGGUGCAAGUGGACAUUGCAUCCGGAAAGAUCACCGACUACAUCAAGUUCGAUUCGGGCAAUCUGUGCAUGAUCACCGGAGGCAGGAAUUUGGGACGUGUUGGCACCGUCGUUAACCGUGAGCGUCAUCCCGGCUCUUUCGAUAUUGUGCACAUUAAGGAUUCGCAGGGACAUGUGUUUGCCACUCGGCUGACCAACGUAUUCAUCAUUGGCAAGGGCAACAAACCCUACAUCUCCCUGCCAAAGGGCAAGGGUGUCAAGCUGAGCAUCUCGGAGGAGCGCGACAAGCGUUUGGCCGCCAAGACCCACUAAAUAAAUAACAUGCCAGCCAGCGAGACAGCCAGAGGGACAAGAGUAAUGAGGAUUUUUACUUUUUAGCAUAACUCUGUACGUUAAAGCUACGGAAUUACAAAAACAACGUAAACAAAAA